CCCCACCAGGGUCAAUAUAUGAGGGCUGCCCUCCCCCCCGGGGAUGUAUAGUUCUUUUCACGGCGAGAUCGCAUCUAUCUUUACACUGAGAAUCACUCUCUGUUCCUUCAACCUAAGCCCGCAUUAAUUUACAUUCAACAUGGGCUCAGUAGGCAAACUCUCCGACCCCCAGGAAUAUCAGAAGAUCUUCCAUUGGGCGGAAACACAGAAAGACGGUGAAAUUCCCUCCUUUUCCACCCGCCGGAAUGACCCUUACGAGUAUCAAGCUGGAUUUGGUAACACAUUUAUCUCCGAGGCUGUGCCCGGAACGAUUCCCCACGGACAGAAUAGUCCUCGAAAUGUGCGCUUUGGCUUGUAUGCAGAGCAAGUAACAGCCACUGCUUUUGUGGCCCCGAGGCAUGCGAACAAGAAGGCGUGGCUCUACCGUGCUCGUCCGGCCGUUGCUCAUCAAGGAUUCAAAAACCUUCCAGACAACCCCGACACAGAGGCCACUUUCUUACCCCUGAACCCACGGGUUCACGUCUCCCCAACCCAGCUGGCAUGGCAUCCAUUCGAUAUCCCCGCCAGCGAACCGGUGGACUUCGUUACCGGUCUGAAGACCGUCGCUGGAUCUGGAGACCCCACUCUCCGAGAGGGGCUGGCAACUCACGUCUACACUGCAAACACUAGCAUGACGCAAAAAGCCUUUGUAAACUCCGACGGUGAGAUGCUCAUCGUCCCCCAACAGGGAGCCUUGGACAUCCAGACCGAAUUUGGUCCACUUUUCGUCCAACCGGGCGAGAUUGUCGUUAUUCCACGCGGCAUCCGCUUCCGUGUCGAGGUCCCCGAUGGUCCUUCUCGCGGUUACAUCCUCGAAGUCUGGGGUUCUUGCUAUGAACUCCCCGAACUGGGUCCGCUGGGCGCCAACGGUCUAGCCAAUUCGCGGGACUUCCUAGCCCCAGUAGCCAAGUAUGAAAUUCGCCAGGAGGCGUGGGAAGUCGUAUACAAGCUCGGAGGCAAGUUCUUUGCCAGCACGCAGAACCACAGCCCAUUUGACGUUGUGGCCUGGCACGGUAACUAUGUUCCCUACAAAUACGAUAUGACGAAAUUCGUCAACGUCGGCUCUAUCUCAGUCGACCACAUUGAUCCCUCCAUCUUCUGCGUUCUGACCGCAAAAUCCCGGGACCCUACCGCCCCUCUUGCCGACUUCCUCAUCUUCUCCCCCAGAUGGGACGUCGCAUCCAACACCUACCGUCCGCCAUAUUACCACCGCAAUGCCGCCUCAGAGCUAAUGGGUCUCAUCUACGGCGACUACGGCGGCCGCUCCGACGCCUUCAAACCAGGAAGUAUCUCCUUCGAAUGUGGCAUGGUCCCCCACGGCGUCGCCUACGAAGAAUUCAAAGCCGCAUGCGAGGCCCCACCACCGGUCAUGCGCAUCUCAGAGGCCUCCAUCGCAAUCAUGUUCGAGUCUUCCCGGGCCUUCACCAUCACCGACUACGCGUGGAACAGCGAGAAGCGGCACGAGCAUGAGCCUGCCAUGUGGGAUAAUCUGGUGGACAACUUCUCAAAGCACAAGGAUGAGGUGGAUGCGCUUUUGGCGAAGAAAGCGCAGGGUCUGAGGGUUUGAGUCGAGACGGAAUAUUGGUAUGAGCUAUGAUGUAGCCAUGUUUGUCUGUUUUAUCGUGCUUGGUUAAGCGAUUGUGCGUUUGUUUUUGGAUAUUGGUUAUUGUCUGUAGAGGUGCAUGAGUGUAUAACAAUACAUGUAUCUUUGAAUGAUGUGAUGGUCAAGUUCUUGUCGAGCGUAGUGUGUGGUGUAGUUCUUUUGUUGGG